UCUACGUCACUGACUGACAGCGAUUGGUAGUGUCGUCUCGGUUACACUUAUUUAGUACGCGAAUUAACAAUUUCUUUUAUCUCGAUCAUCAAUUCGAGAAAAUUGUGUUUUCUCCCAACUAGUGCUACGUGACUUUUCAGCGAUUUACUAUGGCGGCCACAAGCAAUCCGUACGAGAGGUUGCUUCGAACAAUCGAUAUAAAUGGAAAGACAUACAAAUAUUAUGACCUUGCCGCUUUGGGCGCCAAAUACGACCGUUUGCCGUUCAGCAUCAGGGUGCUCCUGGAGUCAUGCGUCCGCAACUGCGACAACUUCCAAGUGCUGGAGAAGGACGUGCAAAACGUUCUAGACUGGGAAAGGAACCAGGCCCAGGAUGCUGUGGAGAUCGCCUUCAAACCCGCCAGGGUUAUACUGCAGGAUCUGACAGGUGUUCCGGCCGUGGUAGACUUCGCAGCCAUGCGCGACGCAGUCAGAACCCUGGGCGGCGACCCUCAGAAGAUCAACCCCAUAUGCCCAGCUGACCUGGUCAUAGACCAUUCAGUGCAGGUGGACUUUGCUCGCACACCGGACGCGUUGAACAAGAAUCAAGAAUUAGAGUUUGAAAGGAACAAAGAAAGAUUCCAAUUUUUAAAGUGGGGCGCCCAAGCGUUUGACAACAUGCUUAUAGUGCCACCCGGUUCUGGAAUUGUACAUCAGGUGAAUUUGGAAUACUUGGCACGGGUGGUGUUCUCCGGGGACACUCUGUACCCUGACUCUGUGGUUGGCACAGACAGCCACACGACCAUGAUCAACGGGCUCGGCGUCGUCGGCUGGGGCGUUGGCGGAAUCGAAGCGGAGGCCGUGAUGCUGGGGCAGGCUAUCAGUAUGCUGCUACCCAAAGUGGUGGGCUACAGGCUGGUGGGGGAAUUAAACCCGCUGGCGACAUCUACCGACCUCGUCCUUACCAUCACAAAGCACCUGCGGUCGCUGGGCGUGGUGGGCAAGUUCGUGGAGUUCUUCGGGCCCGGCGUGGCGGCGCUGAGCAUCGCGGACCGCGCCACCGUCGCCAACAUGUGCCCCGAGUUCGGCGCCACGCUCGCGCACUUCCCCGUCGACCGCCGCUCGCUCGCCUACCUCGCGCAGACAAAUCGCGACACGAGUAGGAUUAAACUAAUAGAGGAAUACCUGAGAGUGACCAAGCAGUUCAGGGACUACAAUGACCCAGAACAGGACCCGGUCUUCUCGGAGGUGGUGGAACUGGACCUGUCCACAGUCGUCACAUCAGUGAGCGGCCCCAAGAGGCCCCAAGAUCGUGUCUCCGUGUCCGUCAUGAAGAAGGACUUCCAAGAAUGUCUCACGAAUAAGGUCGGCUUCAAAGGCUACGGGCUGUCGCCCGCGCAGCUAUCAGCGUCAGGCAACUUCACCUUCAGCGACGGUAGCACGUACACCAUCACGCAUGGCUCCGUCAUCAUCGCGGCCAUCACCUCGUGCACCAACACAUCCAACCCGAGUGUCAUGCUCGGAGCUGGUCUCCUAGCAAAGAAAGCUGUUGCCAACGGGUUGAAGGUCCUUCCUUACAUAAAGACCUCGCUCUCGCCAGGAUCCGGCGUGGUCACGUAUUAUUUGAGGGAAUCCGGCGUGAUCCCAUAUUUGGAGAAGCUGGGCUUCGACAUCGUUGGCUACGGGUGCAUGACGUGUAUCGGCAACUCGGGCCCCAUCGACGACAACAUCGCCAACACCAUAGAGAAGAACGAGCUGGUGUGCUGCGGAGUGUUGUCUGGCAACAGGAACUUCGAGGGUCGCAUACACCCGAACACGCGGGCCAACUACCUCGCCUCUCCAUUGCUGGUCAUAGCAUACGCUCUAGCCGGCACCGUUGAUAUCGACUUUGAGACCCAACCUUUAGGUAAACGUGCCGACGGCUCGCCAGUAUUCCUCAGAGACAUCUGGCCCACCAGGGCUGAGAUACAGGAAGUCGAGAAUCAAUUCGUCAUACCCGGCAUGUUUAAGGAGGUGUACGGCAAGAUCGAGCAGGGCUCCCCCUCGUGGCAGGCGCUGGACGUGCCCCAGGGCAAACUGUACGGCUGGGACCCCAACUCCACGUACAUCAAGAAACCACCAUUCUUCGAUGGCAUGACCAGGGACCUGCCACCAAUCCGCAGCAUCAGGCAGGCCCGGUGCCUGCUACUGCUGGGAGACUCGGUCACCACAGACCACAUCUCGCCAGCUGGAUCGAUCGCUCGCAACUCACCUGCUGCAAGGUUCCUCGCCGCCAGGGGUCUGACCCCACGGGAGUUCAACUCGUACGGUUCCCGGCGCGGUAACGACGCGAUAAUGUCCCGCGGGACUUUCGCCAACAUUCGCCUGGUGAACAAGAUGUCACCCACAGCCGGCCCGAGGACCACUCACCACCCCAGCGGCGACGUUAUGGACAUCUUCGACGCGGCAGACAGAUACGCAUCAGAGAACGUGCCUCUAAUCGCCAUCGUAGGUAAAGACUACGGGUCAGGCUCCAGCAGGGACUGGGCCGCCAAGGGACCAUACUUGCUGGGUAUCCGUGCAGUUAUAGCGGAAUCCUUCGAGCGGAUCCACCGGUCCAACCUGGUGGGCAUGGGCAUCAUGCCGCUGCAGUUCCUCCCCGGAGUGAACGCCGAGACCCUGGGGCUGACUGGCGCCGAGCAAUACUCUGUCCAGGUGCCGGAUAAUCUAUCGCCUGGCGACCUGCUGACUGUAGAGGUGGACACAGGUAAAUCAUUCCAAGUGAAGGUGCGCUUCGAUACAGAGGUGGACCUCACGUACUUCAAGAACGGAGGCAUUCUAAACUACAUGAUCAGGAAGAUGCUGUAGGAGUCAUUGGAACGGUGACUUCCUAUCAUCCAUAUAUCCUUGAAUAUAUGUAUGUAAUAUAAUAUAUAAAUCUAUAUAUAUUUACACCAUUGUUGCAGUUAUUCUAAAUUUAUGACAUUUUUUUGUUGACGUAUAUCUGAAUUUAGUAGUUUUUUUUUAAUGUAUAUUAUAUACAAAAUAAAGUCGUAAUUAUUAGCAUUAAACGUGCUCAAAAUUUUGUGUCCUUUUUCAAUUCAUAUUAAUUUGUAAAAUGUAUUUAAUUUCACUAAUAGAAUACUUCGUUAAAAGAGUACUAGUAACUUCUACUUUAACCUGUAUAUGUAUGUAAAAUUAGCUAGUUUCAGUUAAUAUGCAUUUCAAUAUUGAUCCAGGCAAGCUAAAGGGAUUUUUCUACGUGCAUACGUUUUCUAAUGCGUACUUAACAAUAUUUUUAUUCAAAUCCUGCAAUAGAAGUUUGCAACUAUAAAACGAAUCCUGGUCACGGCACCAUGUAUUUACCAUAUUACUAAUACACAUACUACGCUAUAUGUUUAAAAGACAAAUUAUUAAAAAAAUCACCAUAAAAUCAAAUCUUAAGAUUUCUAAAGUAAAGUUGUUCUCGCAAAUUUUUCACAGUGGCCGCCAUAUUUUACUUUUUAUAAUAUAUAAAAACAAUGGUGAAAAUGGUACUUUUAAUACGAAUAUAUUUAAGUAAUUGGGCGAUUAAGAAUGGUGACAGUGUAAAAAACAUUAUACUCUUAAGACUAAAUAGGUUAAGCUCGGGUGGAUGUAACGGAACUAGGCGUUGUGAGAGCUACAAUGUGGGAAAGAGAACGCAAUAUCAAUAUGGAGAAAUAACAGGGUUUUAUAGCUAAGUCUAAUUGUUUGAUGGGUAAACGGAACUGGCGUUCGAUGAAAACACCCGUUUAAGAUUAUUUACAAUGUUAAAUAAAUAAUAAGAAUGCUUAAAAAUUAAUAAAAUUAUUUGCGAGUGUUCUACAUUGUACAUCUGAACAUUUUCCCCAAGAAACAAGCUCGGAGCUAUUUUUGUCUCAAAAAUAUACAUUCGAUGCCUUUAUGUGAUAAUGUAAUAAUCCAAAAUUCAAAAAAGAAGCAAAGAGGUUUCUUCAGAGUUGGCAACGUGCACUAUGUCCAUAGUAUUGCAAGCGUUCAUAAGCUACAGUAACCCUUCCAUCAGGUGGGACAUAUGCUUGUUUACCACUGAAGUGGUAUAAAAAAAUCGUCGAUUGUAUCUUUACAUUCAGAUAUUGCGUUUUUUAACAUGUUGUACUGAUUUAUAUAAAAUGGUACUAUUAUUUAAAAUAUACAUAUUUUAAUAUAUACGUAAAAAGUCAUUCUGGACUUGGGCGGUAUUAUAAUUUACUAUAUGACAAAAUAAAAUGGAAUAAAGCAAUACCUCAUAAUUACGCGAUAGUUAGGGCUGGACAAUCACCGCGUAAGUCGAAUUCGCGUAAGUCGGGAUAUAAUUGUUUAACACCUGUGAGCUCCUGACUUCUAAUUAUGGAUCCAUUUCACGAGACAAGUUCGGAUAUACUCAUUAGCUUAACAUAAUGUAGAUAAAAUGAGUAAUCUAGAUUUGUUUAGCGUUCAAACGAUAAAAGCGACGAGAUUUGAUGAUCGCGUAAUUUCGGAUUCGCGUAAUUCCGGAUUCGCGUAAGUCGAAUUCGCGUAAAUCGGGGUAUUACUGUAUAAAUAUACGCAGACCCUUUUCCGUGACAAUAUAGCGACGGAAAUGAACUAAAAGCAUCUCUCUGAAAUUCCGUAUAUUUUAUUCUUUUCUUAUAUUAUUUAAUUCAUACGAUAUUGUAUCGUGCUAUGGUAAAUUACAAAACAGCCCAAGUCUAGUUAGAACAGAUACAAGUUCAAACCAAAUAUAGAUUACCUUAAUAUUGUUUAAAAUCAAAAUUAACUCAUUUAUCUUUUAUCUCGCUUACACUUUUGAUUUCUAAUAAAAAAUGGCGAUGCAACGAUGGGUUAUUUUUUACAUUUAAUAUUUAUUCAUCAAGAACAAGUUAUUAACCUUUUGUUUUCAAACUACUAUCUCUAUUUGGUUUAUUCUUGGUCUAAGAUAUUUGGCACAGACAUGGCAUUUUUGUUUAUGGUGACAGUUAUAAAUGUUAUUCUUUAUCUAAUGUUUAUUUGUAAGGACAUAUUCAAAUAAAGUAUUUUGUUAUACA